AUGGGCACUGGCAUCGGGACUGUUGCUGCGACGCCAAGGCCAGCCGUGGGGGUCGGGCGGGGGAGGCGUCGGCCGCACAGAACCAUGUACCAGACUCGGGGUACUCUUAACGUAUCUCCCACUCCCCCAACUUGGUUCCUGUCACUCGGGCUCCGUUAUGAGGGGCCACAACCGUCUCCGCUCAGAAGCCCAUGGCGAAUUGUGGAUGAUUGCGGAGGAGCCUUCACUAUGGGUGUCAUCGGUGGUGGAGUCUUCCAGGCCAUCAAGGGUUUCCGCAAUGCCCCUGUUGGAAUUCGGCACCGGUUGAGAGGUAGUGCCAACGCUGUGAGGAUCCGAGCCCCCCAGAUUGGAGGUAGCUUUGCAGUGUGGGGGGGACUGUUCUCCACCAUCGACUGUGGCCUGGUGCGGCUUCGGGGCAAGGAGGAUCCCUGGAACUCUAUCACCAGUGGAGCAUUGACCGGGGCUGUGCUGGCUGCCCGCAGUGGUCCAUUGGCCAUGAUGGGCUCAGCAAUGAUGGGGGGCAUCCUGUUGGCCCUCAUCGAGGGUGUUGGCAUCCUCCUCACUCGCUACACGGCCCAGCAGUUCCGAAAUGCACCCCCAUUCCUGGAGGACCCCAGCCAGCUGCCCCCUAAGGAUGGCACCCCACCCCCAGGCUAUCCCAGCUAUCAGCAGUACCACUGAGGAAGCCACUGCCACCAUGGGAGCUGCUUCUCAGUUCCCUCCCCGAUGAUCUACCUCGAAGGGAGGGCUGGCUCCCAGUUAGCCCUGGGACCCUCCAGAGAGGGCUUCUACUCUGCUCCCUAGUCCCAGGGUGGGGAUGGGGCACCCCAGCUGCCCUGACAGAUGGGUCCCCCUUUUUCUCUCUCAGGGCACCCCAGCCCCACACUCACUGUACCAAGUUCUCACCCCAGCUCCUUUGUGUGGCACCCCAAUAAGUAUUUAAAGCCCGUUUUGAAAAAAAAAUAAUAAAGUCCGUUUUGAAAUGCC